AUGGACAUGGUCGCCAAGCUGCCGUCGACAGAACCGUUAGCACUGCAACAACAACAGCGACAACACCAGCAUCAGCAUGGCCUCAGGAAUGCUCUAAUCUAUAGGUUAUUACAUUCACGUAUAUUCAUCGCUACUCUCUUCAUCUGGUGUUGGACAUAUCUCGCUUCCUUAUCUGGACCCGAAGUCUUCACCCAAGUCCAUGCACUGAAGGAUUCAGCUUCCAUUCUUCUUUCCGGACAAGAAUCAUCAUGGAAAUCAAUUCAAAGAUCAGCCUCUCAGCAAUACUCUCCUUUGUCUUCCUCCACAGGAUCAUAUGCAACGCUACGUCUUGAUGAAAGCGAACAGGACCACCCUCAUUUCAAUAAUAAAAAACGUGCCGUAACUGCCACCCCUUCAAUAUCAGAGCAGCCUCUCUACGACCUUGUCAAGCGCCGAUUACCGCCAGCUUAUCAUGAGACCUUUAUAUUCACAUUAGUACCAGGAUUAACACCAGCCUCUGCAACCAACAUUCAUGAUACCUUUCGGGUUUCGAAUAGAGACAAUGGAACUAUCAUGAUCGAGGGGGCUACAUUAUCUGGCUUGGGCGCUGGCUUGAACUACUAUCUUCGGAAUGCCUGUGAAGUAGAGAUGUCAUGGAGUGGAGAUCGGUUCAUGGAUGUACCUAAUACUCCACCUGCCAUACAGGAUCCUGAAGGCAAGGGAGUGAUUCGAGCCAGCUUUGUACCAUGGCGAUACUAUAUGAACGUUGUCACCUUCGGUUACUCGUUUGCCUUUUGGGAUUGGAAGCGUUGGGAGCGAGAACUAGACUGGAUGAUGCUCAAUGGCGUCAAUAUGGCACUUGCAAUGGUUGGUCAGGAAUACGUGUUCCGCGAGAUGUAUGAAAGCUUAGGAGCGACUCGUCAGGAGCUCAAUGGAUUUUUUUCAGGCCCAGCAUUCAUGGCUUGGCAGCGUAUGGGUAACAUCCAGGGAUCAUGGGGCGUCACAAACGACACGCGAUUCAAGCAUGACUGGAUUGAUAGCCAAUGGCAGCUACAGGGACAUAUCAUGCGGAGAAUGAACGAGUUCAAUAUGACGGCAAUCCUACCAUCCUUCAAUGGCUUUGUCCCUCGCGAAUUUCCUGCAAAGUUUCCACAUAUUAAAUUCGACCGAGCCUCGGAUUGGGACUUUCUAGGCGAAGUCAACUCCCGCAAUACCUUCAUCUCUUCAACAGAACCGUUCUUUGCAAACCUGACUAGCCGGUUCAUUCAGACACAGUCGACUUUAUAUCAAAAACACGGCUUCGCCCCAACAACAGACAAGAACUACUACUUACUCGAUCUCUUCAACGAACUACGCCCUGUAUGCACAAAACAGGAAUGCCUUAGGUCGGUCACGAAUGGAGUCAUGAAAGCGCUAAAGGCUGCGGAUCCCAAAGCCGUUUGGGUAAUGCAAUCGUGGUUCUUGUUGCAGAGUGACAUUUGGAAACAGGCGGAAAAAAAGGCGUUCUUCGACGGCAUUCUGGAAGCGGGCGGCGGUAAGGAUGCAUUUAUCAUGGACCUCUACUCAGAAGUCAGGCCGCAAUGGGAAGUGACCGAGGGAUUUUUUGGAAUCGAAUGGGGCUGGAGUAUGCUAAACAAUUUCGGAGGUACUCAAGGGAUGUACGGUGCGUUGGAUACCAUUUUGGCUGGACCUUUUGAAGGUUAUCGGCAAACAGCUAAGAAAAUGCGCGGCAUGGGUAUAACUAUGGAAGGGAUCAACAACAAUGAGUAUGUCUAUCAAAUUGUUUUCGACAUCCCUUGGGAAUCUGUGGAAGCAACUGACCCAGAACAUAGCAAGAAUUUGACAAAACCCUCUUCUGGACAGGAAUUAAAACAGUCAGGACUGAAUAAACAGAAGCACUUGGAAGGAUACAUCAGAAGGCGUUAUGGAUCGCAUCGAGCGACCCCCACCGUCCUUGAAGCCUGGGAAACGCUUUCGCAAACAGUUUGGAAUUGUACAACAGGUCAAGUAGGGCAGUCAAGAUCGAUCAUGGACAGUACACCAGGGCUGGAUAUGUAUCGCCCAGGAUUCAUGACUACUCAAUUCUGGUACAAUCAAACAAGGGUAGUUCGGGCCUGGAAUCAGUUUGUCGGAUCUGUAGAUAUAUCCCCCAACAAAGGCAAACAGCAUUCUAGUUUCAUCCAAAGCUUCAUAGGAGCAACUAUUGGGGCUACAAGUGGCAAGCCUAUUAAUCCAACAACCCAAUUAGCAGUCAAAGAGAAAUAUUUUUUACUCAAAGACCCUAAAGCUCACAAAACUGGGAUAGCAGAGUCCUUUUCAAGUAAGAUGCGUGAAGCAAUCCGCAGUACUGUGGAACAGGGCCACAGGGUUCCACCAGAAGAGUUCUUAGACAUGGAUAUUCACCUCGAUGAUCCAGAUCCGCCGAUGAGCAAUUCCAGUCUUCGAUAUGACCUCGUGGAUGUGACCCGAGAAGUCUUGGCUGCUGUGGUCAUUCCAGGCUUGCAUAGGGAACUUGUGGUGGCCUACAAGGCAAAGGAUUUGGCCAGUAUACGCUCUUGGGGUAGACUGAUCCUUGAUUGUAUCAGCGAUGUGGACCGAAUCUUGUCAACGCACACUCAUUUCAUGUCGGGAGCCUGGAUUCGAGAUGCACGCGUAUCAGCCAAAUUUGACAAUGCGACCACUUCAUACAAUGACGAAGACCUGAUCAAAUAUCGUGACUAUGUUGAGUACAGUGCGCGCAAUCAAAUCACUUGGUGGGGUCCUCUUGGACAAAAACCCCUUGCAGACUAUGCUGGAAAGGAAUGGAGUGGUGUUGUACGUGGGUUUUAUUAUCCGCGUUGGCAGAUCUUUGUCAAUCGAUUGACGACUGCAGUAUUGAAAGGAAAGCAAUUGGAUUAUAGAGCCUAUUUGGAAGAUUCUGUCAAAGUUGAGGCCAAAUGGGUUUCAAGCACCAGCGGAAAGAAUGGUGAUGGGCGAUCGGCCUAUCUUGUCACUCCGAUAGAGGAUACUAUCAAUGUCGUGCUGGACUUAUGGUACAAAUGGAGAGGAGCUGCAGAGAGAUAUGCAGAGACAGCUGACAAGUAA